AUGGCGCAGUACGACAAGAAGAAUUCUGACGAUCGCUUCAAUAAAAUUAUAAGCGACCACAAAAAGUGGCGCGAUGGUUUGGAGAGCGAAACCUGCUCCCCAGAGCCAGUAAGCUCCUCGGCGCCUUUGAAAAUUCCUCGCCAGAAGCUGGGACUCACCCGAGCAGAGCGUGAUCAUGCAUGGUCUCCAGCUACAAAGCCGGAGGGCAGACACACUCGGAAAGUUCGAUUCACUUCUAUCGAAAGACCAAAGUCAACGGGAUCGUCUCAUUCCAGGCAGAACGAACAAACUCGAUCCAUCGAUGUCGAGGAAGCGAAAGGAAAGUCGCGGGCACACUGGCAAUAA